AUGUCCUUGGCCAUCUGGCCACCUAUCUCCCCCGAGGAGCUGAAGCUUAAAGAAGCAGAGGUCUUGAAAAAUGAGCUCGCCUGGAUAACGACCGAGAGCCUGGACGUCUGCCGCGACCUCAAGCACGGCCUCGAGGACUGCUAUGCGCUGCUCGCGCCUGUCGACCCAGGCAGCACGCUCGUCAUGAGCACCCCGCGCAACGAGAGAGUCAAGGGCACAAUCACCCGCGUGGGCACCCGCCUCGUCAAAGGCACAUUGAACCUCCAACUCCGUACCACAUCGACCACCUCCCUCACCAUCGACCCCCACCAGCCCAUCUACAUCCCAGCCCUCGAGCUGCUCUACACGCACCUCACCCAGGCCGUCAGCCUGCUCGACGUCACCCUCAGCCAGCGACCUGCCCCCGACGCCGCGACCCUCGCCUCCUCGCUCACCCUCCUCGCUGAGUCGCUCGACCAGGCCGCAGCGCUCCUCAAGGGCCGCCCCCUCACCGAGUCCGAUCCGACCUGGCAGACGAGCUCCUGCCCCACGCAGCACUUUACUGACGCGGCGACGACCACCACAACCACCAACCCUGGCUCGGGCUCGGCCGGCGGCGUCGUCGGUGCAUUCGCAGCCGGUCUAGCAACCGCCGGCGGCGGCGGCGGUAGUACAAACGCCGGCAACCCCAUCAGCUUCCACAUCGGCAUACAGGAGAGCUGCGUCGUACUAUGGCUCCGCGUGCUUGAGCCCGCUAACGCGCCGGUCCACUUCGGCGUCAAGCUGGGCCUCGCCAUCGGCACAAUGCGGCGCCUCGAGCACGAUGAGAUGGACACCGUGUUCAACUACAAUGCGUCUGGCGAUGGCUCGACACUUGGUCAUAAAAAGGGCGGCAGUGGCCCCGUCUUGUCUGGAAAACGUGCUGAAACAGGCAAGGCAGCUGCCGAAGAGGUGCACGUUCGAGAAAAGGUCCGCAUAGUCAGUGCUGACCCUUCGCUAAUUUCCCUCUUCUCCAAACUUGGCUACCUCAGCCAUCUUCUGGGACAGACACGCCGAAAUCUAGCUGCCGUGCUCAGUAGCUUCCCACAAGAUUAG